AUGGAGCAACUUCAAGAGAACCAAGUUGUCCUUCAGGAAGAAGUAUCCCAAAUGCGGUCCCAAAUGCGGCAAUUGAUGAAGACUAUUCAAGCAGUCGCAAGAAGCCAGGAGGUUGUGGCAAAAAUGCAAGAAGAAAUGAAUCAACGUGCCAGUACUACCAAUCCUCCUACCCCUCAAACGGUCGAGAAUAUGACUCUAGUUCCUCAAGCUGAUCCUCCAAUUAACAUUAAUGCACACGGCGGUGUUCCAAACGAAAAUCCUCGUCCUCAUGCUCUUGAGACAGAAGACCAACUUGAUGCAUUCUUCAGCCCAAGGGACGCUUCUCAGGAUGACGCCUUCGGUUCCGCAACCAACAAGGUGGAAAGGAAGGUAAAGGCUAUCGAGGAAAAGCUCAAGGCAAUGGGGAGCACUGACAUUUUGGGCCUCGAUGCGGCAGAAAUGUGCUUAGCACCUGGGGUCAUCAUUCCGGCCAAGUUCAAAGUUCCGGACUUUGAAAAAUAUAAGGGAAAUAACGACCCUAGGACACACAUUAGGGCAUACUGCCGAAAGAUGGCUGCUUAUUCCAGCGAUGAUCAACUUUUAAUGCAUUUUUUCCAGGAUUCCCUCAGUGGGGAAUCUUUGGAUUGGUACAUGCAACUCGAGGGCAACCAUAUUCACACCUGGAGGGAAAUGGUCGAGGCAUUCCUCAAGCACUAUCAGUACAACACUGAUAUGGCACCUAAUCGCACGCAGUUGCAAAAUCUGACUCAGAGGUCUGAGGAGUCCUUCAAAGAGUAUGCCCAGCGGUGGAGGGAAUUAGCUUCUAGGGUACAACCCCCAUUGCUAGAAAGAGAACUGGUAGACAUGUUUAUGGGAAACUUGCAAGGUCCAUACCUUGAUAGAAUGGUAGGGAGCACCUCUUCAGGCUUUUCUGACCUGGUCUUAGCCGGUGAAAGGAUAGAAAAUAUGAUUAAAAUGGGAAAGAUCCAGAAAUCUGCCACUACUUCUAGUGCAUCGAAGAAACCUUUUGUUCCCUAUGGUAAAAAACGAGAAGGCGAGACCAAUGUUGCCUCCAUCAUUCGAACAAGAAAUCCCACUUAUCCACAAGUAGCUGCCAUAGCUCCCGUCCAACCAAGUCAACAACAACUAUUUACAAUUCCUGUUCAAACUCAACAACAACAACGGUAUCAACAACAACCGCAACGUCAAGAACCACAAUAUCAACAACAACAAAGGAUGCGAAGGCCCGAGAGAAGAUUUGACCCAGUUCCCAUGACUUAUAGCCACAUUCUACCAUAUUUAUUGAGGGGAUCACUUGUGCAACUAAGAGAGUUAGGACCCCCACCAGCGGUUCUUCCUCCCGGUUAUGAUGCAAAUGCCCGCUGUGAAUUUAAUUCUGGCGCUCAUGGGCAUUCGACCGAGAAUUGUAAAUCAUUAAAGUACAAAGUUCAAGAUCUUAUUGAUUCUAAGGCAAUCACGUUCGCCCCCAAGGGGCCGAAUGUAAAUAAUAACCCGAUGCCCCCUUACAACAAUGCAUCAGUGAAUAUGAUGGAGGCUGACAAUGGAAGGAGAUUGAUGUCCUGUGUGGACGAGUUAAAAAUACCACUCAUCAAGAUCAAGAAUGCUUUAAUAAAGAAUAAUACCUUUCCCAUCUGUGGUAAUGACUGUGAACAUUGUUUGAUUAACCCGCAACAAUGUAGAACAUUGAAGUCUGUCAUACAACAAUUAAUGAACCAAGGGAUCUUGGUGGUAGACUGCCCGUCCACAAAGGAAGAUGUGUCUACCCUUGAGACACCAUACGACGAAGUCCCUCCUCUUCAAAUUCCAUAUGAAUUCUCUCAGUUAACUCUGUCGACAAAUCCUAUUACUCCAAUCAUAAUAACAGUUCCCACACCAUUCCCAUAUGUUGACACCAAGGCAGUCCCUUGGGUGUAUGACACCUCAGUCUACAUUCAUGGUCAGAAGAUUCAAGAAGAACCGAUAAAGUCUAGUGACCCAAUGAUCAAUAUCACCGGCACUAGUGGAGUCACAAGAAGUGGAAGGAUAUUUGCACCGACACCCACUCCAAUUGGAACUAUCAAUCCUUCAACUUCAGACAAAGGCAAACAAAUUGAUGGUGCUCAGCAAAGACAAGACCCCGCACCUUCAAGUGAAGUAGACGAGUUCUUACGCGUUAUCAAGAAGAGCGAUUAUCGAGUAGUUGAUCAGCUUAACCAGACACCCUCGAAGAUCUCAAUGUUGUCUCUAUUAAUGUGCUCGGAGGCCCAUAGGGAGGCUUUGGUAAAGUUUUUGAGGACAACUCACGUAUCGCAAGAGAUAUCUGUUUAUCAGUUUGAAGGAGUAGUUAACAAUAUCGCUACUAGCUUAAGCUUAGGUUUCAAUGAUGAAGAGCUUCCCACCGAGGGGAGGAAUCAUAACAAGGCUCUCCAUAUUUCUAUUGAGUGUGUGGACACAGUCCUAUCAAGAGUUUUGGUAGACACUGGGUCUUCCCUCAAUGUGAUGCCUAAGAGCUCCUUUGCUAAACUAACUAUUGAAGGACUCGUAAUGAAGCCGAGUGAGCUUAUAGUAAGAGCAUUUGAUGGGACUAGAAGAACUGUAAUCGGUGAGGCGAAUUUGCCUAUGAAGAUUGGUCCCCAUAUUUUCCUUAUCACUUUCUUCUUAAUGGAUAUCUAUCCAGCCUACAGUUGUCUGCUUGGGAGGCCUUGGAUCCGUUCAGCUGGUGCAGUCACUUCAAUGCUCCACCAAAAAUGGAAAUUCUUAGCUGAUGAUAAGCUAGUUGUUGUCGAGGGUGAGGGGGACAUUGUGGUAAGUCACCUCGCAUCUUUCCAAUACAUUGAGGGAGAAGGGGAGAUAAGGGAAGUCCCAUUCCAAUCAUUUGAAGUUAUCAAUGUUGAAAUGGUUUGCCCAGCAAGGGAUGAAUCAAAAGAUGUCGAAUCUCCCAUGACAUCUCUUAAAGACGCCCUGACAAUCAUAAAGGAUGGACACCCCCAAGGAUGGGGAAGAUUUCUUGAACUUCCUGCCAACAAGGACCGCACCGGUUUGGGAUACAACUCCCAGAAUUUGAAGAAGCCCGUGCCGAUAGCUACAAGGGGAUCAGUGAUCCCGCUGUCCGACAACUUCUCAAGUGUUGGUUACCUGGAUGACAACCGUAUUUGUGCCGUGGAAGAAGAAGAAGAAGAAGAAGAUGAUGGCUUGAUCUUCACAAAGACUGAUGGAAAUGGUGCCACCAAAUGGACCGAGUUUGAAAUACGUAAAGUGACCUUGAUUGAAAUAUCAUCCUCGACAACCAUCAAUGACAAUUCUGCUACAGUCUCAUACGACUUUGACAACCCGAUUAAUCAAGCUGAUGAAGAGUGUGAGGAAGAGGCCGAACUCCCAGAAGAAUUGGCAAGGCUUCUCAAGCAAGAGGAAAAAGUCAUCCAGCCGCACGAAGAAUCAGUGGAAGUGAUUAAUCUUGGGACAGAUGAGGAAGCGAAAGAAGUCCGAGUCGGCUCCGCUCUAUAA